AUGAAUGCUCACGAUCCUGAUGCCAUUGUCAUGGCUGAUCGCAGAACCACACCUUUGGUCGACAACAAGUCAGUUGGUGCGCUUUCAGGCGUCGCGGACCUCGACCAUAUCGAACGGUCCAUCACACCCACCCAUGGCUUUGCCACAUUAGACGACGCUGAGCCAAUCGACUUGCUCUACCCAGUCGUUGCGCCUAACCACGUACCGCCUUUGUCGCAGAGCAGUAUCGUACUAGCUCUCAACUUUCUGCUCAACAUGACCUUCUUCAUCAUCGUGCCGACGUCGGCCAACUACGCAAACGAGCUAGGAGCGUCCACGUGGUUUUCGGGUCUCACGGUGGGCGUGUCGGUCGUGGUGUCGGGCCUACUGCUGGUGCCGUUUUCGAUGCGAUAUGAUCGAGUGUAUCGAUUUCCGAUUCUGUUUGGCGCGGUAUGCAUCAUACUAGGGCAAGUGGUGUACGCGCUUGCAGGACUGGCAGAUACGGCGUGGUUGAUGUUUGGCGGUCGUAUGCUGAUCGGUGCCGGGUUCGUAUCGUGGCGGUACGUCAAGAGUUAUUUCACAGAUGCGGCGGUGGUGGGGACGGAAAAGAGGACGAUGAUGGCGGCGUGCUUGGUGACGUCUCAGGUAGCAGGCAUGGCGGUGGGGCCGUACGUGGGCGGUCUACUGUCUAAGAAAGUGAGACCUAUGACCGACGAGCAUCGAUUGUGGAACGGAUUCACAGCGUCGGGUUGGGUCAUGGUGGGCGUGUUCGCGAUGUUCUUCGGCGUGACGUGGAUCGUCUUCCGGGAGCCUGUUGAGGUGACGAACAAGGCUGAAGCGCAGAUGGAGCUUUCCGCACUAUCGGCACCAGCCUCGGCAGCGAGGCGAUCGAAGGAAAUGCUGGUUCGCCAAGAUCCAACGCUACCAAGCAUGUUCCGCGAGCUCAAUUCGACGCAAAAGUUUUCGGUGAUCACCAUGUGUUGGUUCAGCAUGGUCAACUUUUUGGUUCUGGGGGCGUGGGAAGUCAACAUCCCGAUCUUUGGACAUCUGCGUUUCGGUUGGACCGAGUACAAUGCGGGUAACGUGAUCGCUCUCGGCGGAUUGGCAACCAUGCCGAUUCUUUUCGGGCUGGUGUUUGCUGCCAAGUACAUUCAGGAUCGACUGAUUCUGGCUGGAGGGACGUUGGUCGGCCUGUUCGGACUGUCGCUUCAUAUGGGAGCGUUGGAAAGCCCGGCAAAGUCGGCAGUCGGGAAACUGGCAGGGCUGGAGGAGCUCAACUUUGGCUCGUUCUUUACCAGCUGGUUCUUUGUGAGCCUGGGAUACAAUGCCCUCACGACCAUCACGCUUGCAUUGCUGUCGAAACAGCUACCAGCCAAGUACAACGGCUUGACGUCGACUGUGAUCCAGUUGAGCAACAACGUGGGACGCAUAUCCGGUGCACUGUGGGGCGCAACGGUGUAUCAAGUGGGUCAGUUUAGCAUUGUUUCGCUGGAAUUGGCAGUCACGCUGGUCGGUACAUGUCUGAUUGGGUUCAUGUGGCGAAAGAUGAAUGUAGCUAGUGGAUAA